UAUAACGCUAACGCGCGGUUAACAACCCGAUUUUUAGGUGAUUGUUUUUGAUGCCUGUCGGUGUGACUGUGUAAACGAACAUGUGGUUUUAUCCAAGUCUAGUGUUAUUAAUAUGUUCAACAACUGUGAUAGAGGCUACACCUGCUAGAGUCGUAUGUUACUUCAGCAACUGGGCGAUAUAUAGGCCGGGUGUAGGAAGAUAUGGCAUUGAAGACGUUCCGGUAGAUCUAUGCACGCAUAUCGUUUACUCCUUCAUUGGAGUGGACGACAAGAGUUGGGGAGUUUUGGUCAUAGACCCAGAGCUGGAUGUGGACCAAAAUGGAUUCAACAACUUCACACAGCUGAAAACUACACAUCCAAAUGUAAAACUACAGAUCGCAGUGGGAGGGUGGGCUGAGGGUGGCGAAAAAUACUCCGCCAUGGUAGCACAGAAGCCUAAGAGAGAUUCCUUCAUUGCUAGCGUAGUCAAUUUUAUGAACCAAUACGGCUUCGACGGCUUCGAUUUGGAUUGGGAGUACCCGGGAGCAGCAGACCGUGGGGGCAGCUUCUCGGACAAAGACAAGUUCUUCUACUUCGUAGAGGAACUGAGAAGAGCUUUCGACAAGGAGGGAAAGGGAUGGGAGAUCACUAUGGCGGUACCAAUCGCCAAAUUCCGUCUCCAGGAGGGGUACCAUGUUCCCGAACUUUGCGAGCUGUUAGACGCCAUCCACGUGAUGUCCUACGACUUGAGAGGCAAUUGGGCUGGUUUCGCUGAUUCUCACAGCCCAUUAUACAAAAGACCUCACGACCAAUGGGCCUAUGAGAAACUAAAUGUCAACGACGGAUUGCAACUGUGGGUCGACUUUGGUUGCUCGCCCAAGAAAUUGGUCGUGGGUAUUCCUUUCUACGGCAGGACUUUCACCUUGAGUCAAGGCAACAAAAACUACAAUCCUGGCACGUACAUCAACAAGGAGGCAGGUGGAGGCGAUCCAGGACCUUACACAAACGCUACUGGAUUUUUGGCUUACUACGAAAUAUGUACGGAGGUCAUGGACAAAGAAUCGGGUUGGACCAAGAAAUGGGACGAGCAGGGGAUGGUACCAUAUGCCUACAAAGGAACACAAUGGGUUGGAUACGAAGAUCCAGAAUCAGUUCAAAUCAAGAUGGACUGGAUAAAAUCCAAAGGAUACGCAGGAGCUAUGACUUGGGCCAUCGACAUGGACGACUUCCAUGGGCUCUGUGGCCCUAAAAACGCUUUGAUUCAUAUCCUUCACGCAAACAUGAAGUCCUACAGUGUGCCAGAACCAACAGUGACUACCACACCAAGACCUGAGUGGGCAAGACCACCAAGUACUCCACCUUCCGACGGUUCCAAACCUGUUUCGACUACCCCAAAACCUGGACAGUGGGUGCCCGAUGCCUCGACCACCACAACAAGGAGACCGUCAACGUCAGCACCUGUAAGCACGACGUCUGCGCCAGCAGCUCCGGAGGCUCCUUCCGUACCCGUUGAGGAAACCUCUUCUACCACUUCCUCUAACGAGAUCGAUUACCCAGCGGAGUGCAAAGGGGAUUUCAUGGCACACGAAGACUGCGAUAAGUAUUAUCGUUGUGUUCAUGGUAAACCCAUGGUGUUCAGCUGUAAACCCGGGACAGUUUACCACACUGUGAGUUUCAUCUGUGACUGGCCUGCCAACGCAGAUAGGGAGAAGUGCAAGGCGGAAUGACUAAUUGAAACCCUUUGAACUGAUAGCUUUUAAGGUUUUUUAUGUUAGAUACGUAUUUAUUUUUCAAUAAAAUUUGUAAGUUUUAUAAUAA